AUGAACGUUGCCAUCGAGGCUGCUGCGGACAGCUUCUCCGCCCAGGCUGCCAAUGUCGACGUUUUCGUGCACGUCGUGACUACUUCCGCCAAGUCGAGCCGCUACACGCAGUCUCAGGUCAACAGACAGAUCCAGGCCAUGAACUCCGCAUACAGCUCCAUGGCCAUCUCUUUCAACCUCAUCGACACCGACUUCACCGUCAACAACGCUUGGGCCGCCGCAGGCCAGGGUUCCUCCGCUGAACUCGCCAUGAAGCAAGCGCUCAAGAAGGGCUCAUACGGCGACCUCGACCUCUACUUCCUCUCCGACCUCGGCGGCGGCCUCCUCGGAUUCUGCUACUUCCCCGUCGCCAGCCCCACCACCCGCGACCGCCAGCUCGACGGCUGCAUCAACUUGGCCGACUCUCUCCCCGGCGGCUCCGCUACCAACUACAACAUGGGCUACACCGCCGUGCACGAGGUCGGUCACUGGUUCGGUCUCUUCCACGUCUUCCAGGGCCAGUCUUGCUCCGGUGCUGGUGACUCUGUGUCCGACACCCCGAUUCAGUCGACUGCUACCAGCGGCUGCCCGGUCAACAAGGAUUCUUGCCCGAAUGCUGCGGGUCUGGACUCGAUCAGGAACUUCAUGGACUACUCGUACGAUUCUUGCAUGACUGGCUUCUCUGCUGGUCAGAGUACUCGUGCCAACUCGCUUUACAGCCAGUACCGCGCUGGCAAAUAA